AAGAAAGGUUUCCCUUGAAAAACAAAUGAUACGUCCAUUUUGAAUAAUCGAUAGCCAGAGAAUUUCUGAGCAAAAAGAAUCUGCAGUAAAUAGGAUUAAAAAGUUCACAUUACUUUUUAAUUAUCAAAUACAAAGUUCCCUAUAUAGGGAAAUCACUUAUAUUUAUGACAAGAAUUUGACAGGUAGAUAGAUAAAUAGGAAGGAAAGAAUCGUUGUGCAUCCGUUGAAUGGUAGCUGAAAGGAAAAUACUAGCUUUCAAGAGAAUUUGAUUGAGUUUGGAAAAGUAUUUGGAGAAAAAGAAAAAAAAGGGUUUCUUUUUCAUGCAUGCAUGCAUGAAUAGGGUAGAGGAAUAAAGAAGGGCAAAUUACGCCCGAGGGAGAAUAGGUAGAGGAAUAAAGAAGGACAAAUUAAGCCCGAGGGAACGGAUUUCUUUUGAUUCUGUUUCUUGCUAGAAAAGAAAAUUAAAAAUGAUGGGAAGUAGAAAGAGGGAAAUUAUUGAGGAUUUUGCAAUAAUAGGAGGGUUGAUAGGGGUACAAUUUAUGUAUGCAGGAAAUUCAGUGGUUUCUAGUUAUCUUAUGAUGUUAGGUUUCAAGCCUUCAUCUCUCAUUAUCUUGUCUUCCUUGGCCACAUUUCUCAUCCUUUCUCCAUUUUCCUUUAUGUUUGAAAGGAGUCAAUGGCCUAGGGGCAUGAGUUUGAAGUUGUUGAUUGAACUUUUUUUGAUUUCUUUUGGAGGGGUUACAUUGUUCCAAUCUUUGUUCAUGAAGGGAAUCAAACUUACUUCUCCUGCAAUGGCAACAGCUAUGCCAAACCUUGCCCCAGGACUUAUCUUUCUCAUUGCUUGGGCUUUUGGAUUAGAGAAAGUGGAGUUAAGAUGCAAAUACAGCAGAGCUAAAAUAGCAGGAACAUUAUUGUGUGUUACAGGGGCUAUACUUAUGAGCCUAAUGCAAAGUAGCUCAAAUCCUAAAGAGAUGCCUUCUUCACCUCCUGAUCACAAGGACAACUUUUUUGAUCCAGAAAAAAUCAAAGGUUCAAUGUAUCUCAUGGCAGCUAUCGUCGUGUUAUCAAGCAAUAUUGUCUUGCAGGCAGCAACACUAGGAGAUUUUCCAGCACCAAUCUCCUUAUGUGCUAUAACUUCACUUAUAGGAAUGGUAUUGACUGGAAUUGUACAAUUGAUUCAACAAGGUAGUUUGGAGAUUGGAUUGCCCCUAUUAAGUAUCCGCGACUUAAUUGGCUACUCCUUACUGGCAGGUAUUGUUAGUGGAGCAUGUGUAAGCUUCAAUAAUUGGGCAAUGAAGAAAAGAGGGCCAGUUUUGGUUUCUGUAUUUAGUCCUGUUGGCACUGUGUUAACUGUGGUUCUUUCUGCUAUCACCUUGAGUGACACAAUUACUAUGGGAAGCCUUGCUGGUAUGUUUCUGAUGUUUACGGGUCUGUAUUUCGUGCUAUGGGCUAAAAGGAAAGAAGGAUUUCUAAAUAAUGAUAUCAACUCUUCAGAAAGUGAGUACGAUGUGGAGAAGCCUCUUUUACAUUAAAUUUCUUCUUAUUCUCUUUGUACUUCGUAGAUUAAUUAGUUUGUACAUAUAAUUAGAAACCAACUUAGAGAAAGAGCGAGCAUGUAAUUUGUAGUAGUACAAAUAGAUAAUAUGUACUCAUUAAUCUAGACUUGGAGCUCAAAAUAUAUAAAAAUCAAAAGAGAAAAAAAGGAGGAAGAAAAAGGACAAAGAAAGACUUGAUUAUGAUA